AUGGAUAAAUCCCAAUUUUGUCACAAAAGUGAGCUUUUGACAUGGGUAAAUGAACUGUUGGAGCUCAAAGUGGAUAAAAUGGACCAAUGCAGCAACGGAGCAAUAUACCUCCAGCUCAUAGACACGGUAUUCCAAGACAAAGUGCCCUUUGUAAGGAUAAAAUGGAAUUCUACUCUAGAAUAUGAACAUUUGUACAACUAUAAACUCCUCCAGUCGGUGUUCAAGGAGUGCAACAUCGAUAAGCACAUUCCCAUCGAAAAGCUGGUCAGAGGCAAGUACCAGGACCACCUGGAGUUUUUGCAAUGGAUUAAGGGUUUUGUUGAGUCCCGCUUAGAUAAAAAUUUUAAGUACAAUCCUCAGUAUAAACGAGUAUAUGGAAUAUUGAAGCUGUUAUUGUUCAAUAAUCGCCAAAUUAAUAUCGCAAACGUCAAAAGCUUAUUACCGAAGUGGGCCUGGUCGGAUUCCAUAAAUGCCGAGUACAUAUCAACCAUCAACAACGCCAUUCAAAUGGAGGCUGGAGUUUACACAAGGAACCCAGUCCUUCCCUGUCACUCUUCUCCUUACACUCAACAUUUCUUCACUAAAUCACCUCUUAACCGCAAACAACACCUUGCUGACGAUUCCACAGAGCUCCAUGAGACUGACAGGUCGUUUAAACUGGAUUCCCUUAGCACUUUCAACGAGUCAGUCACCGAGACCGAGUCAGUGUACACAAACAAAGAGGACAAAGCAAUAAACUAUUUUAAUAAAAAUUUUCAAAGUCCCACAAACUCAUUUCAACACUUAAAUCAACUCAUAAGGCAGCAAUCUGAGGAAAUCACUAGCCUAAAAAAGCAAUUAAAAGAAUCUAGGAUGGAGAGUCAAAUCUCCAAUCUUAGCAAAGAAUUUUACUACAACAAACUCAGGCAAAUUGAGAUUCUUUGCCAGAAGAAUCAGGGUAAAUCUGUGGACACAAAGCAACUGCUCAACAUAAUGUACGCCAACAACUAA